GCGCCGAGAGCACUCGUCCGUUGUGUCGAUAGGCGGGGAGGAGGAGGAGCAUUGCACGCGCCGAACAACACCGGCAAAAAAAGUCGAGCAACGCCCGUCCUGCUUCCGCUCGGCAGUCUGAUCCGACCGAAGAAGCCCCGGGGUCUACUCGCGCGCAUCCGUACCGCAAGCCCUCGUUCCGUGUUCUCGCGUCGUGUGCGUCGUGUUUCAUCGCCGAAUUUUGGAUCAACGACACCGCCUACCACCGCCACAGAACAAGCGUCGUCGUCAUGGGUCAAUGUGCAGGGAAGGCAGCGCCGCGGAGCGGCCGCAUGUCGGCUGGAAAUGGGACCCAGGAGACUGUGACGACUCACGUAGACAAGUCCGGCAUGGUCACAGCCACAAGGACCACGCGGCGAGUGGUCCAGGUGACAGGAACGUCGUCCGGCUUCUCGGAUGGUGCCUUCGAGUGCGAGAAAGUCACCAGGACCAUGGUCAAGAGGACAGUUGUCCGUCAUCCGGAUGGCACGGAGGAGGUCCGCGAAGAAGUGGUCACCGAUGGCGGAGACUCGCUGAUUGACACGACGGAGCAUUCCAAGCCCAGGAAGAGCGUCCUGUCCUCCUGGUUUGGCAAGAAGGAACCGAAACCCGCUGCCGUCGAUGUCCAGCCUUCGAAGCCUGCCAAGGCGAUGAGCGAGAAAGAGUUCCAGGAGGACAGUCUCAAGUGGCACAAUCACUACAGGGCAAUUCAUGGAGUUCCACCCCUGAAGCACAGUAGUCAGCUGUGCAAGUACGCACAAGAAUGGGCAGACAACUUGGCAAAGAGGGACCGGUUUGAACACCGACAAGAACACAAGUACGGCGAAAACAUAUACAUGGCCUGGUCAUCGGAUCCAACCAAGGAAGUGACAGGGCGCGAAGCGGUAGACUCCUGGUACAGCGAGAUCAAGGACCACCGAUUCGGCGGUGAGCCUCGCAGCCUGGGCAGCGGCCAUUUCACCCAGGUGAUCUGGAAGGGGAGCACCGAGCUGGGCACCGGCAGGGCGCGCACCGCCACGGGGAAGCUCCUCGUCGUGGCCAACUACAACCCUGCAGGGAACAUGAUCGGCAGUUUCGCCCAGAACGUGCCUCCUCCCAAGAAGUGACGAUGCCCCGUCCGAUAACCCGCCUCUUUCUGGAUCUUCAUUGCUGGACGCGAGGCGACAGUGCCCAAAGAUUAUUUAUUUGCCGAGAAGUAUUCCAUAGCUUUAUGCUAAGACCAAGAUUAAACGUCAGAGAGGUUGCUAGUGAGAUGCCUCCCUGCACAAUAUUGUUUUCUACAUUUAUAAGUGAAGUUUGUUACAGGUUUCGUUAAACUUUUGUAUAUACGUUUUGCAAAAUAAAAAGCUUAUACAGAAUGGG